CUUUAAUUCAAUACAUCCGGUACAUACAUCUUUGAAUUUCUGUAUUUCUCCAAAUAAUAUAUAAAAACCUCAAACAUAAUACAUUUACUGCCACAUUCAAUGACAAAACAACAGCAAAUAAAUCUCUGUGAAAUAAUCAAAGGAGACAUACAGUAUAAUGAAAAAUUCCCCUUUUAAGUGUGUGUGCUCAUAGAUUGUUCAUCUAAAGUGCUAUCAAACCAGCAACUAUGAAAUAGGACAACCCAUUCUGAGGGGAAAUACACACUGAGAGAUUGGCAGUUUUGAAAUAGUUUUCAUACAUAAAACAAAAAACAAAUAAAAACAAUGCGUGUUGAGUCAGGGAGAGUGAAAUCUCAGAAAACUGCGAGUGAGUGCCAUUCGCGAGCCGUAAAGUGCUAUCAAAACGGUUCAGUACUUCAGGUGUUCCUGAGUUCAUGAGGUCCUAACCACCUUUCUCACACUGUGUCAUAGGGGUGCAAUGCUUUAUUAAAAAGCAGUGUUUAUGAAUGAAUACCUACUUAAUCACUGUGUUUGACCAGUCAAAAAUGUAAUUAAGACAACUGGAUAACAAUGUACUCGUCCAGUCUAUUCGUAUACUAUUUUCUAACCUCAGUAACUGUUAGAAAAUAUAAUCCGAACUAUUGAUUUUGAUCUGUUGUUUAACAUAUGAACAUUGAGGGGCAGCAGCCUGUAGUCAGAUGUCGGAAAUAUAGUCAUCGAAGAAGAAGAGAGUGACGUACUUCCGGUAGCUCAGCCACCAGGUCAUGUUGGUGUUCUCACAGAAGAAUAGAAUCAGACUUCAACUGACAGUCUUGAGGACAGCCAACGUGGGAACACUGCGACAUUAAAGCAGCGAGUUAUUCUUUAAACAUUGUUCAAGUAAGAAAAGAGCAAAUACAUUUUCUAGGUCGAGCUGCCCUGAGAAGAUACCGCUAUGGCCAAGGUACAAGUGUUAAACGUUGCUGUGCUGGACAACCCGAGCCCGUUUGGAAAUCCCUUUCAGUUUGAAAUAACGUUUGAAUGCAUGGAGGAUUUGCCGGAAGAUCUGGAGUGGAAGAUCAUCUAUGUGGGUUCAGCUGAGAGCGAGGAAUACGACCAGAUUCUGGACUCUGUUCUAGUUGGCCCGGUACCGGCUGGCAGACACAUGUUUGUGUUUCAGGCUGAUGCUCCUAACACAGGACUGAUUCCAGAGAGUGACGCUGUAGGAGUGACUGUAGUCCUUAUAACCUGCACCUACCGUGGACAGGAGUUCAUCCGCAUUGGUUACUAUGUCAACAAUGAAUACACAGACCCUGAACUACGGGAAAACCCACCCCUCAAACCAGACUACACUCAGCUCCUGAGGAAUAUUUUGGCUUCCAACCCCCGCGUCACCCGCUUCCAUAUCAACUGGGAGGGCUCGGCAGACAAGAUGGAGGACUGCGAAAAUGUCGACCCGUCCCCCAACAUCAGCGGCAUGCUCCCGCCGUCCUGUAUACCGGGAAAGAUGCCACCUCUUGGACUGAUGCCGGACAACUCCAUGGACUGCUUGUAAAAUAAAUCAUCAGAUUAAGAUAAUGGACAAGAGGUUGUUCUUAUCCGUACACUCAUCCACAUUGCAAACACACAUUUGGACAAGAAGGCCAUGGAUGUAUCAAGGACAUUAUUUUUAUACAGCAUACGCAAACGGGAUGUAUCUGGCAUUGUUACAAACUGAUUUUGUCUCCUGUGCUCUCUUUUGCCACAUACAGGCCUGCAAAACCAGCUUUGCCUUAUUUUAAUAUAUCUCUGUCUUAGACAAUGUCAAAGCUGAGCCAGAUAAAGUUUUCAUCAGGGUGGGGCGAUUUUUAAGACGGCCGUAUCCUCACAGCCCUGAGAUGUGCAAGUCAUACACAUCCACUAAUGGUCACCUGUUUGGCACCCAUACUGUGCUGUUCAUUGGGUCUUCUUGAGCACGGAUCAAAGAUAUGAGCAGUGCUCUGUAUGUAGCACUUGCUGUUUAUAGUAAAGCAUUUAAUUGUUGUGAAAGUGUGUCAUGUAAACGUGUAGCAUCCGGAGUAGGAGUGCCAGUGGACAUGUGUCUUGGGUUUGAAAUGUGGGUCAUGUUCAGGGCCCUGUUGCAAGAACUGGCUGUAUUUACUGUUUGCUAGAUAGCAGAGUACAACCUUGUGUUUGCAAGUUUUAAACUUGAGUUAUCCAGAUAACCGGGCCCCAGUUCAGUUAUUGUUAAAUUGACAUAAAAUGUAUGUCUCUCAUGAUGCACGAAACAUGGAGGAAAAGGAGAUGAAGAUUCUGGAUUGCAGUCAAGUUAAGAUGAUUUAGGCUCUCUGUAAAUAAUGUUUUCUCAGUGCUUAUAUUGUCUUCAAGAUGAGAAGGCACAUUUUCUUUUUGUACUUACUAUAUAUUCUCUGCCUCUAGUAUUUGUAACAAUGGGGGUUGUGAUGGGCUUAAUAAUAAAGUUUGUUUUGUGGA